UACUCGAGAUCUGGUCAGAUCUGGCACGGCGCUUGGUGAGAGGUUAGGGUUAGAUUUUGUUAUAAAAUAGGAGGCAUACGAGCGUAUGUCAAACGCGAUACGUUGAAUAACGAAAUAAAGAAAUCCGUAGCGUGGAUACGAUUGAAAUUUAUAAUAAAAUGGAUCCGGCUCUACUCAGAGAGCGAGAGCUCUUUAAAAAACGUGCUCUGACCACACCAAUAAUUGACAAAAAGAAGCAGGAGAAGGAAGCUACGAAAGAUGAACCACCAAAGAAGAAACCUAAAAUAUCGUCGGUAUCCACAGGACCGAAAUUGGACAUGGUCAACUAUAAGACCAUGACUGGUAGUACGCAAUAUAAAUUUGGCGUGUUAGCAAAGAUAGUAAAACACAUGAAGGCAAGGCAUCAAGAAGGAGACGACCAUCCGUUGACAUUAGAAGAAAUUUUGGACGAAACAAAUCAAUUAGACGUCGGAUCAAAGGUCAAGCAAUGGCUACAGACUGAAGCUUUAGUACAAAAUCCUAAAAUUGAAGCAACCGAGGGUAGAUUUGUCUUUAAACCUAUGUAUAAAAUUAAAGAUAAAAAGUCUUUAUUGAGACUUUUAAAACAACACGAUUUGAAAGGUCUCGGUGGUAUUUUAUUGGAAGAUAUACAGGAGAGUUUGCCGCAUUGUGAUAAACAUUUGAAAAAUUUACAAAAUGAGAUAUUGUAUAUUACACGACCGCUUGAUAAGAAGAAGAUUAUCUUUUAUAAUGAUAAAACAGCUCAGUUUCCCAUUGAUGAGGAAUUUCAAAAGUUAUGGCGAGCUGUUGCAGUAGAUGCUAUGGACGAUCAAAAAAUAGACGAAUAUCUUGAGAAACAAGGUAUUAGGUCAAUGCAGGAUCAUGGGCUUAAGAAGCCAGCACCAAUCAAACGAAAGAAACCCGUUAAUAGGAGGAAACAAUUUAAGAAACCAAGAGAUAAUGAACAUCUGGCAGAUGUUUUAGAAACAUACGAUGAUUAAGUAAGAAUUUCAUGAUCAACCUGUCGUACUAAGUAAACUUUUUACAUUAAAAAAUUAUAGAAUAAUUGAAUGUAAAUAAGAUAUAUGGAAAUAUUAUUAAAUUUAUUUUGUAAAUAAUUAUUGUUCUAAGUAAAAGUAAAUUAUGAAUGUAAAAAGCAUUCUUGGAUACUUUCAUUUUCUUUGCGCGCGCGAAUUACUACUACGCAACUUCCUUUGCACCAUAACUAAAGUAAAUUAUUUGUUUAACAAUUGUAGCUAUAAUUUAUUUUAGGCAUAUAAUAAAUAAGUAAAACAUUUAUUGUCGUUUCACAUUGUAAGUACAAAAUAAAUAUAGAAUUGUGUGAGUUGCAACACUUACAUGAACACUUAUAUAAACUAUA